GAAAAUAGUUUUGUGUAUUUUAUAAGCAAAUCUUUUCUAAAAGCAUGUUAUAACAAACAACCUUUUGUUCUAAUAAAGACGUUUUUAUUUAAAGCUAACUUGUUAUCACACACGACCAAUUAUUUUUAGUUGUAAAUCGAUCAUUAGAAUCAAAGGGGAAAUAACCAUUGUGAAAGUUGAAUUCUAAAAAUAGCUAUUCUGUAAGCUGAUUCAUGAAUCACAGUGAAACAUAAACAAAAUAUUUGAAAUGGCUGACAAAAAUGACACAACCGAUGCAAAGAAUAUGGAGGAUACAGUGGAUACAUUUCCAUUUAGUUUUGGAAAGAAAUCAGUGCCAGUGAACAUUCAUAUGUCCAGAGAAGAAUUUGAAGCAGACAUUUAUCCAAUGAAUCGUAAGAACAGAGGUUUUGCUGUAAUCAUUAACAACAAGACCUUUGACCAGGGUGUUGGCCUAGGAGCACGUAAUGGGACUGAUGUUGAUGCCUCAGCCUUAGCCAAUAGAUUUGCAGAGUUAGGAUUUGACGUUGAGCUAGAAGAUGAUGUAACAACAGAAGAAAUGAUGCAAAUAAUGAAGAAAUAUGCCUACAUGGACCACAGUGAGAAUGAUUGUUUUGCCUGUGCUAUUCUCAGUCAUGGAGAAGAGGGGAUAGUGUAUGGCAAAAAUGGAAAAGUAGAGAUUAAAAAAUUACUGGAACCUUUCAAAGGCAACCUUUGUGAAACCUUGGCAGGAAAACCAAAAAUAUUCUUUAUUCAGGCCUGUAGAGGUACAGAGUUUGAUGAAGGUGUAGAAAUGAAUGUAGCAGACGCCAAGGGAGAAAUGGAUGUUGAUCGUCAAAUAUCUACUCAUAAAAUACCAGCUGAAGCUGACUUCUUAGUGGCUUAUUCAGUUGUCCCAGGUUACUAUGCAUGGAGAAAUUCCAUAGAUGGGUCUUGGUUUGUUCAGGCACUAUCAACUGUUUUAGAGAAGUAUGGUAAUCAGUUAGAUCUGGUCCGUAUCCUGACACGAGUCAACAAACUUGUGGCGUACAAGUUCCAGUCUAACACAUCCAAUCCAUACAUGAGCAGGAAGAAACAGAUCCCAUGUAUAACUUCAAUGUUAACAAAAGAACUGUAUUUCUUUCCAAAACAGUGAAGUCUUUGAUACUAACAUGGAUGUAGUACUUAAAAAGACAGCUCAUUAUAGUCAUUCCAUUUUAUUGAAAAGACAUUGAUCUGUGUCCACCAUUUAGAUUUAUGAAACCACCUUGACCUAUUGGAACCAUUGCCAGUGUGUUUUUAUAGAAUUUAAAACAAGAAUUCAUGAAUGGUUCAUAGGCUAAUCUUCUACUUUCAUGAAGCUGUCAUAUCCUAAUCAAUUUUUUUUUUUCAUAUUUAAUGUACAUUUGUCAUGUUUUUGUUUUAUAUCUGUUUAUGUUAUGUAUUGUUAAGCAUACUUAGUGCCUGAAAAGAAGUUAAAUUUGUAUUAUUUUAUAAUCAUUUUGGUUUGUUUUAACACAGCUACAUUUUUUUACUGUCAUGUAAGGGUACAUUUUCCGUCCUAACUCCUUUGAUACUGAGUUUUUUUUUGUGAAAACUUAAUUUUGCCAAUUUGGUUUAGCGUUUAGGAUUCUAUGCAUAAUGUUUAGUGUCCAUUUUAAAUGCAUAAUAUUUUUUUUUCUUUUCAAAAAUUGUAAAAAUAUAACAGAUAUUUAAAGUUACUCCUAAAAUAAAUCAAAUGAGCAGGGUUUCAUUUAUUUUCUAGUUUAGACAUUUGUAUGCCCUAGUUUCAACAUUAAAUAUUUUUUCAAAUAAGAAUUCUUUCAAAGCAAACAUAUACUUGGGCUAUGGUACAUUUUUUCUGUAUAGGAAAUAUAGUCAAUACAAAAAAUGUAUGCAGUAUUUUUCAAUUAAUCUUUACACCCAUUUUAUGUUACCUCAGGAAUACAUGUAUUGGGUUUUUAUGCAACAUUUUCACAUGUAAAUAUUUGAAUAGUUUUACACAUCAGUUGCUUAUUUAGUCUUUCAAGAUAAAGCAAGAAUGCAAGUUCCAAAAAUCUCAAGAAAUCUGAGGUCUUAGAUUCUGAGCUUCAGACCAAACUUGUCUCUGUGAUUUCCAAGUUUUUCUAUUUCAUUUAGUGUUUGAUUUCUUUUCUAAUCUAUUACUGUAUAUUUAUAAACACAAAUUCUAAUAUCAACAUGAGAGAUGCAUAUAAUAGGUCUCACUAAGGAGCAUUAAAAUUAUACAAUAGGUUCUUAAUUGAAUUUUUAUGGCCCCGCAACGAAGUUGUCGGUGCCAUAUAGUUUUUCCCAUAUCCGUCUUUCCAUAAUUCCGUCUUUCCGUCAUUUCACAACAAAUUUUAUCUAAAUGCCAUCAGAUAAUGGGCUGAUUUUUGGUAUGUGAGUUAACCAUGAUGAGUUACAGAUCAAGCUAUAGUUUCGUUCUGCUCCACUAAUUUUUGCCGAAAUUACAGGCUUUGGACUUUGAGAAGUUGUUGAAAAUCACAGUAAAACAGACUUUUUUUCAAAAUACCUUCAGAUAUUAGGCUGAAUUUUAGUUUGUGAGUAAACCAUGGUGAGUUAUAGGUCAAGCUUAAUUUUCGUUCCACUCCACUAAUUUUCCCUGAAAUUACGGGCUUUGGACUUUGAUAAGUUAUUGUUAAUCACAGUAUACAGAUUUUUUCUCUAUUCCCCUCCAGAUUUGGAGCUGAAUUUUGAUAUGUGAGGAUACCAUCAUAUUUGUAACCACAUGUAUUUAUAUUGAAAUUGCAGAUUUUUUAACUUUUUGGGACGGGCCCAUUCGUGUCGCUUUGACACAUCUAGUUAUGUCUUGUUUUAAACAAAAGGAGUAGGUCCGGUAAGACCCCUUUUUGGCCCCAAAAUAUAACAGUUUUACAAAAUUAUUAAAAUGUAAACUUUAAGUUAUUUAUUGUACAGGUGAAUGCUUCUGCUACAUAAAUAUGAGCUGUUUUUUUAAAAUACAAUGCACAUAUAUCGGGUUGUAGCACCAUUAAGUCAUGCUAAAUUACUGAAAUCUUCAAAAUUCUUUCAUUUUAGUUAAAUUUUAGACGGUUUCCGUGUAAAACGAAAGUGGCCGCAUGCGUGUUCAUCCUUACUAUUGAAAUGUGAGUUGUAUUUUAUGAUAAUACAUAACAUAUAUAAAGAUUGUGGAUGAACACGGAUGCGGCCACCUUCAUUUUUGACAAAAAACAUCUGAAAAGUGACUUUUUUGGCAUAUUUGAGAGAUUUUUCAUAUUUCAGCUUGAAUCGGACCGUUUGUAAUGACUAAAUCAGUUAAAAUCUUUCACAAAAACUAAUUGAAUCAAGUGAAAUAGACACUUAAGUGUUUAAAAAGUGGUCAAAAUAUUUCGUCAGAUGAAACUGAAAUUUGAGGCCAAAAUGAGUCCUUACCGGACCUACUCCUUUGUGAAACAAGGACCAAUUCACCUAGUUGAAUGAUUCUGUGAAUACUUUUUGAUAUGUUCUUGUGGAAUAUUGUAACCAACCAUUUUUAUUGAUAUCUAAGUAAUCUCUUAUUUGUAGAUUGUAUUUUUUUGUUUACCAAAUUAUUGAUUACAUGCACUGUAAAGUUAUUUGUUAGCAGCUGGUUUUUUUUGUCUAGUCCUGUAUGUUUAUUAUGUUGGUCAUUGGUACAUGUACUAGUCUUGCAGUUACUAGUUCAUUUUACCUGGAUGUUAUUUUUAUUGACAGCAGAGAAGUUUUUAUUUAUUUUUGUGUAUUUAUUUAUAUUUGUAUCUGAAAAAAACACUUUGAAUAACUUAAAAGCCCCAGAAAAUCGGCAUCUAGUGACUGAAAGACAUCACAAUUUAUAGUUUUGCAAGUGUGCAGCAUUUAUUGAAUUGUAUAGUCAUUUUUUAACAAUACCACAAUCAUAUGUACUAUGUAACUAUAUUAUUAAACUGUUGAUAUAUAUAACUACAUAUAUAUAAUGUUGUAAAAUGAAAUCAAAAAAUGAAUAUAUAAUUAGUACAACAAACAUUAACUUUAGAUUAUUUUAAGCAUGUCCCUUGCCAUUUAUAAAUGUUUCUUGGCUAUCUGCCUCAUCAAUGUUUAACAUUUGUCUUUAAGAUUCCUGCCACAAUAGUUAUUCCUUUAUCCAUGAUAAUCGUUACCCACAAAAAUAUAUGAAUUCCAAAGUGUGACAAAAGACAAACACUGACCAGGAUCCUGACUCUGUAGAGGCAUUCUCUUUCAUAUUUCUUAAACCUUAUUAUAUAACUGUUGUUUUAGAUAUAUGCAUAUUACAGAUUGUUUGGUGUGUUUUAAUUUGUGUUGGUUAAGUGUUUAAGAUACAAUUAUUUAUUUUUCUUAUAUAUUAUUUUUUUAUGAAUUAUAUACAUUUUUUUUCUGGGGACCAUUUUAUUUUAUGUUUUGCCUAUUACAGCCUAUAGUAGUUUUAAAAAUAAAUAUGUAGUGGCUAAAAAUAUUUAGUGGCGGAUCCAGCCAUUUUAAUAAGGGGGGUUCCCAACCCAGGACAAAAGGGGGGGGUCCAACUAUAUGUCCCCAUUCAAUUGCAUUGAUUGGCCAAAAAAAGGGGUGUUCAAACCCCCGGAAUCCUCCCCCUGGAUCCGCCAAUGAAUAUCCUGUAUUGUAUGCUUUAUUUGCUUUAAAUGCAUUUGAGUUUGUUGAAUGAUAAAGUCAGCAUCAAAAUCCCUUUUUUAACAGGAUACUGCCAAAAACCAAGAAAACGUUCCUCAUUUAAUACUAUGCAUCAGUUUUAUAAUAGAAAUCAUGUGUUUUAUUUUAGAUUAGUUUAUAUGAGAAUCUCAAAUUGUCCAUACAAGGAGAAUGUUCAAUCUGUAUGUAUUUCUUACUUCCACAUUGUAUUUCUCAUGAAUAACAUUUCAGAAAAGCUGUCAGGGUGAUAAAAGUAACUAUGCAGUUUUCUGUAUUAUAGUUAAAAAAAGCAUUUGUUUUUAAUUGCAUUGGUUUCAAAUAAAAUAAUCAUCUGUGUUUAU